AUGGGCGACUGUCCCAUUUCUUGGAAGUCAACGAAACAACAGGUUGUAUCACUAUCAUCAGUUGAGGCUGAAUAUUAUUCUAUUCACCGUCUUGUUCCAGAAAUUUCAUGGGUGGUCCAUCUUCUUAAUGAUCUUUCUAUUACAAUACCUCCACGAAGAUCAGUGAGAGGUCGUAUAACUAGAAGGAAUGUUGAAGAGCAAGAGUUACCUUAUGCACCUGAAGUGCAACCUCAAGGAGAGGUCACCGAUAUUGAUUUCUGUGAGCCUAUCCGAAUGUUGAGCCAAGUGGAAUUGAAUGAGGUUAAGGUACAAGAAUUUCAUAAACUUAAGCAGGAUUCUCUAAGUGUUCAUGAAUAUGGGUUGAAGUUCACCCAGUUAUCCCGUUAUGCUCCACAUAUGAUUAAGGACAUGAGGAGUAGAAUGAGUUUGUUUGUUGCUGAUUUGGGCCGUCUAUCAAGCAAAGAGGGCAGAGCAACAAUGUUGAUUGGUGAAUUAACUAUAUCAAGGCUAAUGGUUUAUGUGCAGCAGGUUGAAGAAGAGAAGCUGAGAGACAGGGAAGAGUUAUGA